GGCGGGCCUGUCGCCCGAGCCUCCCGCCCCCUCCUCGCCACGUGCGACUCGCAAAAACAAGUGACGUCGUAGAACGCCGGCCGAAAUGUUGCAGCGUUCUGUCCAUUCAUGCCGGCCGCCCAUUCACAAACCGGGGCUCCGAUUAGGGUGGUGCAGGGAAAGCCGGGCAGAGGCUGAAUUGGGCGCAGCGGAAGCCCCGUUUUCCGCCAGCUUGUGCUGAGGUUUGGGGAGGAGCAGCAAGCCGCCCUCCCUCUAGAAGCAAGGGAGGCAGCCCUGCCUCUUUUCCCGUUGUGUAAGCGUUGUGUAAGCGGGGCCUGGUAGGGGAAGCCGACGCGGAGCGCUCUCUGGUGCCGGUACUCUGCUUUUGAUGGCCUGGUCCCUCUCCUCUCUUGCAUCUGCUGCACCUACUACUACUACUCCCUGCCAAAACAACAAAACACAAGGAAGGCACGCCCAAGACUCUUAGGUGGCUCCUUCUUCCAAUCUGCUGCCUGGAAGGUGUGCAGGUGCCGUUUCCUUUUUCAGAUCCUCCUUGGGUCUGUGGGGGCUGCACAAGCACUCGGGAGUCACGGCCAUGUCUCAGAAGAGGCAGAAGCGGAAGGCGGCUGGGAUGGCGGCGGAACCCGCAAACGAAGCAGCGGAAGACGGAGUUGCGUCUGACGGGUCAAAGAGCAACAGAGAGAUGACAGCAGCGCCAGAAGCAUCAUGUCCGGCUACGAAGAAGAAGAAAGUGGAUGCUGGGUGUGCAGGAACUGGGGCCCUGGCAGAAGCGGUGAAGCAAGCCCGCUUGAAAGUAGCGCCUUCUGUCGCGGAGUUCAAGUAUAGCAAGAAACGGGUCCGGCUGAUCUCUGAGGACUCUGACCUCACGGAAGGUGCUCAGGGCAUCCUCUACUGGAUGUCACGGGAUCAGAGAGUGCAAGACAACUGGGCCUUUCUUUAUGCCCAGCGCCUGGCCUUGAAACAGAAGCUCCCGCUGCAUGUCUGCUUCUGCCUGGUGCCGAAGUUCCUGGAAGCCACCAUCCGCCAUUUUGGCUUCAUGCUCCGUGGCCUUAAAGAAGUGGCUGAGGAGUGCCAGGAGCUGAACAUCCCCUUCCACCUGCUCAUCGGCUUUGCCAAAGAUGUGCUGCCCACCUUUGUGACGAAGCACAGCAUUGGUGGGGUGGUGACGGACUUCUCCCCUCUCCGCGUUCCCACGCAGUGGGUGCAGGACGUCCGGGAGAAGCUGCCACCAGACGUGCCCUUUGCCCAGGUUGAUGCCCACAAUAUUGUCCCUUGCUGGGUUGCUUCAGACAAACAGGAGUACGGGGCGAGGACGAUCCGCAGGAAGAUCCAUGACCGACUAACAGAGUUUCUUACGGAAUUCCCACCUGUCAUUCAGCAUCCUUAUCCCGCCACAUUCCAGGCAGAGCCCAUCGACUGGGACGCCUGCUAUGCCAGCCUGCAGGUUGACCGCUCGGUGAAGGAGGUGGACUGGGCCCAUCCGGGCACGGCUUCUGGCCUGGCAGUGCUGGAGCAUUUCAUCCAGGAGCGGCUCAAGUUCUUUGGCACCGAGAGAAACAACCCUAACAAGGCAGCACUCAGCAACCUCUCGCCCUGGUUCCACUUUGGUCAGGUUUCGGUCCAACGAGCCAUCUUGGAGGUGCGGAAGUUCCGCAGCAGAUACAAGGAGUCGGUGGAAGGCUUCAUCGAGGAGGCUGUGGUGCGGCGGGAACUGGCGGACAACUUCUGCUAUUACAAUCCAAACUACGACAAGGUCGAAGGUGCUUACGACUGGGCUAAGACCACGCUCAAGCUCCACGCCAAAGACAAGAGGCCUCAGCUGUACACCCUGAAGCAGCUGGAGGAAGGGAAGACACACGACCCUCUCUGGAAUGCUGCGCAGCUCCAGAUGGUUCAUGAAGGGAAGAUGCAUGGUUUCCUGCGCAUGUAUUGGGCCAAGAAAAUCCUGGAGUGGACCAACUCCCCAGAGGAAGCCUUGAAAUUUGCGAUCUACCUCAACGACCGCUAUGAACUGGAUGGCAGAGACCCCAAUGGCUAUGUGGGCUGCAUGUGGUCAAUUUGUGGGAUCCACGAUCAAGGCUGGGCCGAACGAGCUGUAUUUGGCAAGAUCCGCUACAUGAACUAUGCUGGCUGCAAGAGGAAGUUUGAUGUUGGCCAAUUUGAGCGCAAGUUCAGCCCUCGCAAAUUCUCCCAGUAGUGCUGACUAGAACCGCAGCCCUAACUCAGGGAUAAUCACACUUGGAGUGCAAACAAGCAUCUGCUAUAACCCUCCCUAAGGACUGAGAAUCUGCCAUUGCUAAAGCACAGGCCUGGGUCUCUUGAGAGCAGGGUGGGCCAAUUUGGCCCUCCAGCUGCUGUUGAACUACAAUUCCCAUCAUGCUGGGAGAGUUGUAGUUCAGCAACAGCUGGAGGGCCAAGAUGGCCCACCCCUGCCUCCAACCCACCUUGAGUCAGAGAAUACCUUCCCAAAGAAGGGCCUCUGCUUUUCACAACUCCUCUGUUUCGGGGGGUGGGGGGGGGACACAAAUGAAAAGGCCGAGGACUCCCCUGUUGGGCAAAUAACGGCCAUGUGCAAUAUGUACUUGGGGCAAGUGCCGAUGGAUGUGUCCGUUCCGCAAGGAGAUGGGGCCACCAGACUUGGACAGGGUGGAGGCUCCUCCGCUCACUCAAAUAAUCAGUGGGGCAGUUCACACAACCAUCAUUUGAAAAGGCCAACCUUGAAAAGGUUGUAAAGCACCCAGAGACGUAAGUUUUGGGCGGUAUAAAAAUGUUUUAAUAAAUAAAUAAUACAAUGUGGGUUGCCCCAUCCUGGUUUGUGAUGGUGUCCUGUUUUGUGAGGGAAACAGCAAGGGCAGAGGGGAAACGAAGUGAUAGUCUGGGAGAGAGGGGCUGGGUCGGACAGCAGCAUCUCUCGCAGGCAGUCACUUCCUUCCCUGUUGACCCUGAGGUUUCCUCACGCACCAUUGCAAAACAGGAGCAUGCCUAGCUCUUGAACUAGGGUCGGAUGCUUGUCCCGAUUAUAAUCCUGGCAGGGGCUCCCAACCUGGGCUCCUCCAGAUAAUGCAGCUGGGAAUGUUGCCUGGAAGAACCCAGGUUGGCAGCCACUGGCCGAGGGUCUAGACCGGCUGCACCACAAGUGCUUCUACUCCGUCUCCUGGCCUCUGCAGGAAGCCAGUUUUGCAAAGCAGCUGUAGACCCCUCAAGGAACAGCAAGGAUGCUCCGAUUGGGAAGGAAAGGUGGCCUGGUGGAGCCUGCAGUUGGCCUUGCAUGAGUCCAUCUGGACUGCAGGAGAGCAGCAGCGGAGUGCCACCUGGCUGCCUGCUGUGAAAACGGAGCAUCCUUAGCCACAUUCAGACACCAUGCUGUACAAGUGUACAGAUGUCUGGACACUCAUGCACAUGUUUGUGUGAGUGACUGUACCUAUGCUCAUUUUAGAGUGAACCUGGAUACAGGCCCUCCAAAUGCAUGGUACAGAUAGGAAGUGUACUACCUGACCUGUGUUCAGCAUAACAUGUGAAUGACGGUACCUGUGUACAUUGUACACACGUAAGAUCAUGGAACAUAGCAUAUGAAUGGGCAUCUUGUUUCUUUAAUAACUCCCAGGAAGCUGCUGGCUGGGAAUUACAAGCACUGUCCUGAAACAUCAAUUCCCAGAGUUGUUUACCAAGAAGCACGGCAAGGAACCCUGAUUUAAAACCAUGUUACGCUGGUACUAGAGAUGUGGUCCCAACGCUCGCCCUUUCCCAAAACAAGCACCCUAUCCUACAAAGCUGCUUGCGGGGCCUUCCAGUAAAGCAGCUUAACUAUGGCUGGUUUAUUUUAGCUCUCUAGAAAAGUUGCUUCUGAGGGAACAAGGAAUUGCUGGAAUCCAUGUGGUGGUACCCCACGCGAGACCAAAGAGCUAAGUAGUUCAGGCAUCCAGAUCUCAUGCUAGAAGUUAGGACAGAGGCUGGGUGUUUGCUUUAGGGCGUGGUCCCAAAUGUUAAACUAUAACACCCAUCAUCCCAAGCUGCAGCAGAUAGCAUGGUUAGCUAAUUUGUGCUUGGGGAAGUUGUACUUAAAGAAUCAUGGAGAGGCUGGUCUCUUGGUAGCAAGCAUCAGUUGUCUCCUUUGCUAAGCAGGGUCCACCCUGGUUUGCAUUUGAAAGGGCAACUCCAUGUGUGAGCACUGCGAGAUAGUCCCCUGAGGGGAUGGAGCUGCUUUGGGAAGAGCAGAGGGUUCCAAGUUCCCUCCCUGGCAGCAUCUCCAAGUCAGGGCUGAGAGAGACUCCUGCCUGCAACCUUGGAGAAGCUGCUGCCUGUCUGUGUUGUAGACAUAGCUGAGUUAGAGGGACCAAGGGUCUGACUCUGUAUAAGGCAGCUUCUUAUGUUCCUAAGGUUACCACUGGGAAGGAUGAAAGAUGGGAGUUGUAGUCCAACACCACCUGAUAUGAGAACCUCUGUUUUAGGUUGGCCAGAGAAGGGAGCCUUCUGAGCUGCAGCGAGUUAAUAUGCUUCUGCUGGUUCCAGGAUUUAAGACAUGGCUGAUUAGUGGUUAAUGUUUGAAAAGAGAGGUUUUGCAGCUGCACCUUGCCUAAUCCUAAGGAUAUGGGGAGAAACAGGCAGCAUGUACCAAUGCAGCACUUUCCCCCCCUUGCUAGCUUUGAAAUUCCAGGACUUGCGGCUGGGACGAUUUUAGUGUUCUGGCUUCAGGUAACCGGCGCAAAGCAGCUUCGUACACAGAGACUGGGAGUGACUGUUACUGCACUGUAGUGCAAAGCAUUUUCUAUGCAUUUAUUGUGCUUUUGUAGUAAAACAUUCAGUAGCAAAAAUAAACCCCUCAGGGUUGUAUAUUCA